AUGGGAUCUGAUGGUGACAUCGAUCCGCGCCGGAAACGGAGGCGCAUCAGCCCUCCAGAGACAGGUCCCUAUGUGCUACGGCCGCUACUCGAAGAUGUCCCAGUGCAGGCGGAAGAUGGCGAGGGACAGGCACAUAUAACUUGUGUGGAAUACUGGAAUGAGAAUCUAUACGUCGGGACCUCCGCUGGUGAAAUACUACAUUUCGUCUCCCUACCUCCUGAAUCAGAGCUGGAAACUGGUAAUCCCUCGUUUAUAUUAGCUUCAAGGCAACCCAUUAUAUCGUCCGCUCGUGUCACUACGUCCUGUGGAAUACAGCAGAUUCUAGUCCUUCCUACAGCCAGCAAAGCUUGCGUCCUUUGCAAUGGAUCCGUCUUCUUCUACUCUCUGCCAGAGCUCAGCCCUGCAUAUGGAACAACAAAGGUGUCCAACUGUAACUGGAUUGGUGGUCUCGAUCUUGACGAGCUAGACGCUGAGGAUGCGGAAGAAGCUUCAGACCCUAUCAUCAUGUUGGGAAUGCAGGACAAGAUAAUGCUGGUGAAGAUUGGAGAAGGUCCGCGGAGAGUGAGGAAUAUCGAAUUCCCCGGAUGUCUGAUUGCCAACCGAAGGGGUACCAUUGCGUGUGUGGCAGACUCUCGCUCCUAUGCGUUACUUGAGGUCGAGCAUCGUCAGAAAAUCCCUCUAUUCCCAAUCUCCUCAAACGACGAGUAUGAUGAAUUCAAGGUAGAAGAUAUACCAUCUCGGAGUGCUAGCCCUGCAUUGGACAAAUUACCAGUUGCUUCUAAUGGUAAUUCUGGGGCAAAGGGCCAUGGAAGAAGUACCAGUUUGAACGUCAUAGCCACCAGCUCAGAACUACGUCAGCAGAGCACACAGCCUGACCUUUCAGGAACAUCUACCCCAGAAUCCCUUGCGGAAGGGAAACUAUCAAAGCCAACUAGCUCCCAUGAUAGACGCUUGUCUAUUCCAAGCAGGUCUCCAUCAGCCGCGCCAGCUGAUGGACUUGGCCAGAAACCUCUUCCGCCAACCCCAAGUCCAACUCCAAAGAAACCUACCUCUAUUUUGAAACCACAUAUUGUAUCGCCCACACCUUCUGAGUUUCUGCUGGUCACGGGGACAGAUGCCUCGAAUCCUGCCGUUGGUAUGUUUGUCAACCUCGAAGGUGAAACUGCAGAACGUGGAACCAUUGAAUUCCGGACAUAUCCCGAUGCAAUCGUACUUGACAAUGGGGACGAAGACCCAAACUCACUUCCAAGUGGGAAUGAUGCAGAUGGGUAUGUUUUGGCAGUGGUAAACGCUGCUGUCGAUGCCGACGCAGCGGGAGAAGUCAACGAAGAGAAAUGUCUAGAAGUGCAAAGAUGGGAUAUUAAUCCCGGAGAGGGAGAGAGGCAACGCUCCCUAAUAACCAUAUCGCUAGAACCCCCUGCAUCUGGGCCCGUUGGGAUUGCUCGAACAGUCAGCUCGAACAAGAUGAACUUUGCAGAUGUUGGGGAACUCUUACAGGUUGUCCGGCUCAAGGUGCCAGAUCUACGAACUCCUGGAUCGAUGACCCCGCAAAAGAACAAUGAUCCUAGGACUGAGGCAUCCAUAGAGCAGCUGCAAAAGGAAAAGGAGCUAUUUGAAAACGACUCCGAUGGCUCUAAACAAGUCAAAUUGCGGCGCGGGUGGGAGGCUGAAAGGAAUGAAGAGGAAUCAACGUUUGCAAAAACACUGGGUUACGUGAAAAGCAAUGUCAUGCUGUGGGAGGGAAACCAGAUAUGGCGUGUCCUCCGUAACCCUUUGGCAUUACAACUGGAGAACGCCCUCCUACUCACUCAGGAGAUACAGGACGCGAAAACUUGUCGGGUUGCUGACAAGGCCGCGAUAAUAGACAUGAUGAUAAGGCUAGAUUCGAUUUUACCAAGAACUGCGCCCGAGUCUCUCGGUUUGAAUUAUGUUAAACAAAAGGCCAGCCUGCUGCUUUUUGGGGAUCUCAUUGCAACAAGCCCCGAAUAUCAAACUCCAAGUACGAUUAAGGCAGUGGAGGAUGUGCUGGUUGCCGGAGAGCUGGACCCUCGUAUCAUCCUCCUGUUUACACCAUUACUUAGAGAAGAAAUCCUACAAGGGCCACAGGGUAUUUGGAUAUGUGCUGGACUUACUAAGGUCGUUGAUACUCUUUUUGAAGUGUCCAAGGACCAAGAUGGCACGAUCAAGUUCAACUUUACAGAGCCAAUUCUACGGAUGCUGGUUAGAUACUUAACUUCCUGGCAUAGGAAGAGAGGAUACGGGAGUGUGACUGAUGAUACCUAUGUGUUCGACAGCGUGGAUUCCGCGUUGCUUCGUCUCCUGCUUCACCUUGAUGCAAAGCACAAUGAGGUGAACGGGAAGGCUGCGGCGUCUGAGAUCCGACCAGAGCUUAACAAAUUGGUGGAUAACUGGAAGGGCAAUUUCACCCGUGCAGUGGAGCUACUAGAGCUCUACCAGCGGCUCUUUGUUUUGAGUCGACUCUAUCAGAGUCGUAAAAUGUCCGGCCAUGUUCUUAGGACAUGGCGCAGAACGAUCGAAGGAGAGAAGGAUGUCGGCGGCGAGAUGACCAUUCCUGCGGCUGAGCUUCAAGUACGGAAGUAUCUGGUGAAGAUAAGGGAUCCUAACCUGGUUGAGGAAUACGGACUCUGGCUCGCAGCGAGAAACCCCAAGCUUGGAAUCCAGGUAUUCUCCGAUGAUACCAGCAGAGUCCUGUUUGAUCCUCCACAGGCUAUUCGAAUAUUGAAGGACCGUGCUCCUGGUGCUGUACAAGUCUACUUAGAGCACCUUGUCUUUACCAAAAAUAUUACACGAUAUGCCGACGACCUAAUAUCUUAUUAUCUAGACACCGUUCUCUCUGUUCUCGAAACCUCACCCGAAGCCAGGGCUUCCCUCACCGAAUCAUACUCUACCUACCGUGCUCUGCAACCUCCAAAACCCUCGUACCUGAGCUUCAUCACCGAAAAUGCACCUCCAGAGCCAUGGUGGCAGUCCCGUCUCCGACUAUUACAGCUUCUUGGGGGAGCAACUAGAAGCCAGUUCACCUCCGCAGCAUCUCUCCCCUCAGAUCUACCUUACUCCAUCCCUACAGUGCUCGAACGAAUCGAGCCGUUUAAAAACGAACUAGUGUCGGAAUGCAUUAUUCUCGGCGGCCGCCAGGGACGACACCAUGACGCCCUUCACCUGCUAACCCACGGCCUCGGCGACUAUGACUCCGCUAUCCGAUACUGUCUUUUUGAAGGACCCGGUGCCUCCACAUCCCACAGUAUGUUUUCCCGGAAAUUCUCCCCCUCUGAGGGGCAAAGGGAGCUUUUUGCAUGGUUACUCCAGGAAUUCUUUCAGAUCGCCGAUCCUUCAGAACGUACCGAGCGAACGGGAGACCUACUGGCCCGGUUCGCUCCGCUCUUUGAUGUACGCAAGGUGCUUGAUCUGGUCCCUGAUGAGUGGAAUGUGGGUGUCCUCAGCGAAUACUUUGCCCGGGCUUUGCGUGACCUCGUCUCGGAAUCUCGGAAUGCAAAGGUCCAGCGUGCUCUCAGCGCCGGACUCAACCUCAAGGUUUGUGCCGAUUUCAUCAAGGAGUCUGAGAAGAUCGGCGGAUGGGUCGAAGAUGCUGGCCAGGUCAAACCUCUAAGGGGAGGCAAAGACACCACCAGCACAGAGCCAGAGCCCCAGGCUGAGGGUACCGUUGAAAACAACCAACCGCCUAACGAUGCCGGCACCCAGAUACGGCCAGACGACACCCUGAAGAUAUCUUGA